AUGGACGCCCAGGAAUCAUCCUCAUCCCCCAGUGCAGUCGAGUACAUAGUCACAGGCGGCCACUGGAACCGUGAAUACCAAGUCACACAGAGCAGAACUACCAUAUAUCACGUGGAAAACAAGAGCACCUCCCCCAACAAGCCUCAUCUCCUGUUUUUCGCCGGCAACACCACCGAGGGUCCGGUCGUGGGAUCAGCUCACACCAACCGUUUCUCCUCGGACGUCCAGAUCACCCUCGGUGACCCCAAUCUUCCCAAGACGGUCACAGCAGCCAAGCUCAGCAAGAAAGGUCUGAUGUCCUUUCGCUAUGUGAUCGAACUUGAGGUGGACCGCCAAAGGCGAACAUUUACCUGGAAACGCACCGAGCAGGCCGACAGCUUUGGUCCCACGGCAAGCUUGAAGCUUACGGAUGAGGCUAAUGAGGUGGUUGCCGUGUUUCUGCCGGGAGGAGGUCGGGUGCAAAGAGAUGGGGUGGUGAGGUUAUACGCUGAUCUGGGCGAGAGCGUCAAGUUGAUGACUUUCAUUGCGGCAUUGGCGUUGCGCGAGAAGACGAGGUCUAGGGCAGUUAACCCGACCAGCGACCUUGCGGUGCCAGUGACUUAUUCUUGA